CUGGGGGCCCUCAGGGCGUGUGCGAGCCCAACCGAGCCGGGACAGGGCUGCCCCGAGCCCUUCGGUACCGGUCUUGGUCCCGGUUACCGGUCCCGGUUCCGGUUCCCGGCUCCGCCGCGAUGUGAGUGACCCCGCACCAUGGCUCGGCAGAGAGACCUGGACAAGUUGCUGUCUGACCUGAGGUCCUUCCUGCUCAUCCUGGACCGGGAAAGCCUCAGUGCUGGAGCUCGGGCCAAGAAGAAGUCAGUGGCUGAGCUCCUGUCCCGGCUGCAGAGCCCCUCGUCAGAGGAUGCAGAGUACAUGAUCAUGCGCUGCCUCUCGCCUGCCCCAGGGACCUCCCAGGGAUGGGAUGGGCAAGCUUCCAGUCCUGCUUUCCCCCCAGGCACCCGGAGGGUGGAUGGAACAGGAGGGAGAGGCUGUGAGUGCCCCCCAGCCAGCACCCUGAGCCUGCCUGGAGGGAGCAAGGUGGUCUCACCAUCCUCCCCACCUGAAGACUCCUAUGAAGAUAACGAAACCCCCAGCCCCAGCAGAUGUGCAGGCUCAGGAGGUGCUGACACUGACAGCAGCCACUACGAGUCCUACGAAGAGGAUGAGGAUGGUGUGAUGGACCGUGCCCACUACCUGAGGUGGUCAGCAGCCCCCAGCCCCGAUGCUGACCCCCCCGGGCACCCCGAGGCACAGCUCUGUGGCUUCCUCUGGAGGAGGCGCUGGCUGGGACAGUGGGUGAAGCAGCUCUUCAUUGUCAGGGAAAACGUGCUGCUGUGCUUCAGAUGUGCUGCUGACCCACAUCCUGUGCUGGUGCUGGACCUGCGGGGCUGCUGUGUCACCUACAAAGCCAAACGUGGCAAGAAGAUGCCCCAUGCCCUGAAGGUGACAGGGACAGCAGGCGAGGUGCUGGUGAUUGGCUUCCAGAGCCAGCAGCAAGCUGAGGACUGGAGGAAGGUGAUUGCAGAGGUGAGCAGCAAUGCCCCGGGCGGGCUGGCAGCCAUUGGUGUCCCAGUGUCACCUUCCUCAAGGCUCAGCAGAGCCGCUGUCUCCCAGCUCAGCAAGGAGAAGGAUGAAGCUUGCCCUGGCGAGGAUGCUAAAGGAGGUGGGUGUGGAGGAUGGGGACAGACAGGACCAGGGGCUGUCCCUGUCCCCGUGUCCCGGCUGACGGGGGCGGUACCCGCAGGUUUCCUGGCGGUGCGGUUGCGCUGGCAGCGCCUGUGGCGGGCGGUGCGGGACGGAGCCCUGCGCAUGGCCCCCGGCCCGGGGGGGGGAACGCAGCCCCCUGGCUGUGCCCUACGGCUGCAGGGCUGCCAGGUCUCCCCAGGGGCGGCCUCCGGCUCCCCCCGGCACCUCCACAUCCGCAUCGCCCAGCGGGGCCGGGAGCUCACCCUGCAGACCCGCCCGGAUGAGGAGAGGGAAGCUUGGCUGAAGACCCUGCGGGCCAGGGGAGGAGGGGAGAUGGCAGGAGGCAGCCCCGGUGCCGAGCCCCCCAGGUUGGGCGAUGCCAGCAGCUGCCCUGCUGCAGGUGGGCUGCUGCUGCGACGAGUCCCGACCCCCAAUACCUACAUGGAUGAUCCCUUCGGGCAGCUCCCACCACCUGAGACCCCCAAGCACAUUUACUCCAACAUGGAGCGGCUGCAGCAGUUGCAGCAGAGUUUGGACCGAGUGGUGCAGAGGCAGCGCAGGAGACCCGUGUCUGCCCUGCCCUCCCCAGCAGCACCAGCAGCAGCAAUGCGGGGCAGGGACCCGCAGCGCUCAGAGCUGAGCCCCGAGCUCCGGAGCACGGAUCUGUCCCUGUCCCAGCGCACUCUGACACUCCCCGAGAGGAAAGGGGCUCGGGAUGGACUGGAUAUCCUCAUCGGUAGCACCUCCAAACCUUCCCUCUCUGCCGAGGGGUGCCUGACCCUUGGCAAGCAGGCAGCGGGGUUGGGGGGUGCCCGAGCUGGGAAUUUUCCCACUGUCCUUGCAGGGAAAAGAGCCUUCCCCAAGCUGGAGGAGAAGGUGGGGCAGCUGGAGAGGGGCAGCCCCAUGAAGGGGAGGCUGAAAGCCGGCUCGGAGAUGAACCUCCUGGCCAUCAGCAAGUCCCUGAGGGGCCACAUCGCUGCCACCACCACCGCCAGCAGCAGCUCGGCUGGCUCCGAGCAGGGCUCAUUCCUCAAGCCGCUGCUGAAGCGCACAGCAUCAGCCAGGAGUGCCCUGAGGCCCCCUCCCUCCCCACUGCUGCUGGAGAGGGGGAAAGUGCUGCAGAGGAGAAAGGAGUGGGAGAUGAAGUCUGCGAUGUGACUGAUGCUCCAGAAGCCCCGUCCCCCCCUUUUCUUGGGGCAGCCCCCCCCAGAUGGACCUGCAGGACCAGGCAUCCCUCCACGGAAAGCAGCAGAGCUGCACGUGGGUUGUGCAGGACCAAGCUCGACGUUUUGUUUUGUUUUGUUUUGUUUUGUUUUAACCAUCAAUAUCAACACUACAGCUACACACAUCUAUUUUUAUAUAGACAUUUUAUAUAUAUAUAUAUAUAGAUAUAUUCCUAUAAACUCUCCCUUUGUGGGUUUCUGGUCACUCUGGAAUUUUCUCGCCCAUCCCAGCACCUUGGUUUUGGGGCAGAUUGCAACCUCAUGAGCCACCAGCUCUGUCCCCAGUGUGGGUCUGGUGGCAUGGUGCACCCCCAGACCCCCCAGACCCCCGGGGAUGCCUGCUCAGAGGGAUGGGCACACAUAGAGAGGGGAGGGGGCUGCUUGGGGCACCCUAAGAGUCAGUCAGUGGGACCCGGGCUGGGCCCUGGGCUUCUUUCCAGCUGCUGUGUUUGCGUCGUGCCUUGUUUUUAAGUGUAGAACCGUGGG